GCCGUGCCGCGCUGUGUGCAUGCCGGAAGGGAGCGACGGAGCGCCAGGGCCGGUUCCUUUCGGUUCCCUACGCCGCCGGCUGCUUUGGCUGCCCGGGUGGGUACUCAGGCUGCGGCCGAGGCCUUUCCCUUACGCCGGGAACGCUGAGGGAGGGACGGGCCGGGGAAGGCGGUGGCGUUAGCGGGAGAACGAGCAGUUCGUGGGGAGUUAGCUGUGCUUUCAUAGCUUGGGCGCCUGGUGGCGGCGGACAGACAGCGUUUAUCGCGCGCAAAUCGGCUUAAGUGGUCGAGGCUUCUGCCGUCCUUUCCUCCGCAAAACGUCGGUGCUUUGGGGGCGCGGCCCCGCCUGUGCUGUAGACAGACCUUAUGGGAGCGUGUUUCUGUCAGCCCGCGGCCUUCGCUUUUAGCAGUAGGGCCGUGGCCUGUUGGUCUUUUUCGUGCUGUGGAUGAGCUAAAGGACUCUAAUCAGAGUUUAGGCACCGCGUAUGCGAGAGCAGAAAGUUGGUUUUGCCUUCAAAAGCUAUGAAGUUCCGUCCUUUUCCAAGCCAGUGACUGAAGCAAUGAGGUCCCAUGAGGCAAAAGCUGACUGGGACUGCUGUUCACUGUGAUCAUGGAACAAACUCCGCAAGAGAUGGAAGAAACUGAGCCAUGGUAUUCUCAGAAAAUGUAUGCAAGAUACUGGAAGCACUAUGAUUUAGCUAUGCGCUGGAUGCAUAGACACCAGGAAGCCUACAGGAAAGCCAUGGAGUCCUUUUAUCAUGUACCAUGGCCUCCUUAUGCAGCUUCUCCAAGUAGACGCUACUCAGACUGGGAUGGGGAUGACCCGCCUUGUACCCACAACCGUUUUUCCAACUAUAGCCCACGUGGCAGAGCUCAGCAGUACAUGGAUGCCCAGCCAGGGAAGGAGGAUGAUGACAGGGAGGAGGAAGAGGAAGACUCUGAAGUGGAGGAAGACUCGGAGUCUGAAGGGGAGUUUGAAUAUGACCUGAGUAACAUGGAGAUCACGGAGGAACUUCGCCAGUUUUUUGCCCAAACAGAGAGGCAUCGGGAAGAACUACGGAGACAGCAGCAGCUGGAAGCUGAGCAACAAGAAAUGUAUGUGGAGGCUGAUCAAGACCUUUACAGAAACAUGAAGCGUUCUGUGGAGCCACCUGCAGAAAGACCUGGGGAGAGAAGAGUGGCAGAAAUGGAGAAACUGUAUGGUGAUGAAGCCGCCAAAAUCCUAGCUAUGGAGACUGCCAUGCAGCUUAUCUUUGACAGAAAUUGUGACAAAAAACAGCCCAAAUACUGGCCAAUUAUUCCCCUCAAGCUGUGAGUACCUGGACUGUGCUCUGACCUUGCACAGAGCUGUAGGGACAGUUGCCUCAGGCUGUGCUGCUGGAAGAAUAAACUGCACAUGUCAGUUUUGCAUGGGUUUUAAGGCAGGAUCCAGUAAGAGCAAAGUGAUUUUUUUGCCCUGUGUUUCUUUUACAUCAUCUGUUGUGAUGGUCAGAGUUCAUUUACGUACAUACCAUUGCCAGUUAGUAAAAGGGAGAGAUAGUAAUAUAACUGUCCGGUCUGUUUCACUCAUUUGAUGUCAGGCUGCCUCGACCACGCAGGUGAGAAACGUGACAACGUCUAUACCUAAUGAACUGGAAAAAAUUAACAGCAAUUACAAAAUGAAAAAGGCUAUACAAAUUAUCAGCUCUUUCCAUUUAGGAAACUAAGUAGUCUUAUUCUUUAGUCUUAUUAAAUAUAGCAACGUUUGGAUCCAGCUUAAUGCAACACAGCUUGAAGUGUUGUGUCUCCUAAUCUUUUGUUUUUUUUUUCCCUUGAGAGCCAGGAGCCCACUGGCCAAGACACAACAUAUCAAAUUACUGUAGCCUGGCCAUGUGAAUUCUUUUUUCAAAUGCAUAUAAUAAAGCAGGAAGUUUUUCUUCAAAACUGAUACUUGUCUGGCAGGAGUUCAACUCUAACACAAAAUUAGAUAGGAAAAUGUUCUAAUGAAGGAGGUGGGGAGUUUGGGGGAGAAGCUUGAUGUGGCCCUGUCUGUCAGAGAUCUGUCUAGCAAAAGAGAUCCUUGAGAGGACAAAAUGCUUUUUGGACAAAUGCCAACAAUUAUUUUUUGCCGUUCUAAUAAAAACAUCUCAUUGGUUUGAAGCUUGAA